AUGCGAUUAGGCAAUAAAUAUGAUGGAUUCGAUGAAUUUCAAAUCAACGGUAGGCCAAUAACACUUUUAAACUUAUCAGAAUUACAAGCAGCGGUUAGAAAGCGUGCACAUAGAAUUCCAUCCAAUUCAUCAAAGGCUCAGGUUUUAAAUCAACUUAGAGAGAUUUUAAGAAAUGAAAGAAUGCAACAAGAAAUGCAAAACGGUAACAAUGGAAAUGGUAUUUCAGGUAACGGAAUAUUAAAUAAUAGUAGUAAUGGCAUAUUGGGUAGUGGCCAUCAUAAUCACAAUAAUAGCAAUAGUAAUGGUCACCAUCAUAUGAAUGGUAACGGUAAUAAUAGUUUAAAUAAUAGCAUGAGUGGUAGCAGUGGUUCUAAUAGUUUAAAUAAUAGUAUGAAUAGUGUAAAUAAUGAAAUAAAUAAUAUAAUGAAUAAUAACCAUAAUAAUAGUAAUGGUUUUGUAAAUAAUAAAAUAAAUAAAAUAAAUAAUAAAAGAAACUAUGAAGAUUUAAUACAACAACAGCAGCACCAAUAUAAUUCAUAUGGAUCAUCAUCAUCAAAUACUCCGCCAGGCCAGCAACAAUAUUAUCAAUCAUCACAAAAUAUACCUCAACAACAACAACAAACAACACCACAACUACCACACUCACAAUCAUCAUCACCCAUUUCAACUCCAAGUAAAAAAUAUACAACCAAUUCUUUUGAGAAUAAAGCUUUGGAAUUGGAGAGUAAAAUCUUAAAUUAUGUUAAUUUCACAACGGUUGUACAAAGAUUAAAUGUUACCGAGAGCAUAGGCAAUCGAUUGGUUGUUCAAUUCACUAGAUUUAUAGUAUUAAAGGUUUUAGAUAAUGAUAGUUUAGAUACAAAGUUAUCAGCCUCUAAAUUGGUCAACAAGUUUUGGAGUUAUUUCAUUUUAGAUACCCUUAAGUAUGAGGAAUUUUGUAAUUUCUUAAAGUUUAAAAUUCAUUAUAAUCCAAAUCAAGUUUAUGAAUCAUACGAAAUUAAAAAGCAGCGUUACAAGAAGACCUUAGAGUUAUUAGAGUUUUAUUGGUUAUCAUCGUUUGAUACUGAAGUUUGGCCAUCAGAGUUUGAGAAUUCUAGUUUUUCAGGAAAUAAUAAUGGUAACCAAAAUAAUAAUAAUAGUAGUUUCAAUAUUUCAUUAAAUGGAAGUAGUAGUCAUAUAGUAAAUAAAUUAAAUAACUGUAAUAGUAGUAGUAAUAGCAAUAACCAUAACAAUAAUAGUAAUGGAGUAUCAUAUAAUAAUAAUAAUAAUAAUAGUCAAUUAUCAUUUAUAGAUAAAAAUGAUAAAGAUCAAAAAGAAAAAGAUAGAUUUUCAAAUUCAAUUAAUCAUUCCGAAUCGUUUUAUUACCAACAGCAACAACAAAGAUCUAUUACACCACCAUCAAACAUAGGCCUAAAAAUACCAACCUCACCAACAUUAACAUUAUCAGCACCAAAUAUUAAAACUCUCAAACCCAUUCCAAAAUCACCCCCAACUUCACCCACAUUAUUACCAUCAAACAAUAUUUUAAAUAUACAUAAUUUAACAAAAUCAUCAUCAUCAUUAAAUUUUAGUAAUGGAAUUAUAAAUAAUAAUAAUGAUUUUAAUGGUAAUGGUAUAAAUAAAUUUAAAAAAAGUACAAGCAGCAAUGGUAUAAAUAAUUUAAUAAAUAAUGUUAGUGAAGAUGAUACAAAUAUGAAUGGUGAUUUAAAUGACGACGACGAUGAUGAGGAUGAUGAGAAUCACAGAGAUAUUCAAAGUGUUAGCAAUAUCAUUUCAUCAAUUUCAAAAUUUCACACAUCAUCAAGUAAUAGUAACACCGCAUUAAAUUCACCCCCUUUUCACAUAAAAAACAGUAAUAAUAAUAAUAAUGGAAAUGGGGGAAAUGAAAAUGAUGGUGACAACGACGACGAAGAGAAUGACACCAAUACUGGUGACGAAAAUAGCAACAUCAACAACAACAUACUUAGUAGUGUUAGUGGUGGGGAUUGUAUUACCUUAAGAUGUCUUUCACAGGGUGAUGAGAAACACUUUAAAGUAAAUAAAUUUUCGCCAUUCUCAAUUUUUAUAAAUUCCUAUAAAGAAUACUUUGAAAAGCAAAAUCCAGAUCCAGAAGGUGGUGAUAGAUGUUAUCGUUUCUUAUUUCAAGGUUGCCGUUUAAGUGAAAGUCAAACACCAUAUGAUUUACAAAUGAUCAAUGGUGAUGUUAUAAAUAUUAUUUCAUCAGUUUCAAAUAAUAGUUAUAGAUAA